CUCUGGGCGGCCGCGGAAGAUGCCGUCGGUUGCUGAAGCCGUGUCGGGGUGCGGGCGGUUCUGCGCAGACCGAGCAGCUAACGCACUACACGUAUCUAAAGGAAUUUAGGACAGAGCCAUGCCCCCUAUUUUUGCAGCACAAGUGUACCCAGCACAGACCAUUUACCAUUUCAUUGGCAUUUCCUAAAUCAGCAUCGUCGUAGACCUAUACAAAGGCGUGAUGGGACUUUUAACUACAGUCCAGAUGUUUAUUGUACAAAAUAUGAUGAGACUACAGGAAUCUGCCCAGAUGGAGAUGAACACAAGUUUUGUAUUAGCUGGCUACAAGACAGAACAGUGUCCCAAGCCACCCAGACUCUGCCGCCAGGGAUAUGCAUGUCCACACUAUCACAGUAGUCGAGAUAGAAGACGAAAUCCCAGAAAAUUCAAAUACAGGUCCACUCCUUGCCCCAAAGUAAAACAUGCAGAUGAAUGGGGUGAACCUUCAGGGUGUGAAAGUGGGGAUAGCUGUCAAUAUUGUCAUUCUCGUCCAGAGCAGCAGUUUCAUCCUGAGGUUCUGCUUUAGAUUUGCAUUUUAAUGAUGUGAACGUUGCAUCUGUAGAUAGAGACUUAGAAGAUCAAGAAGGCAGUGGCCUUGGAUUCGCAAUUACAGACAGCAAAGACUUUGAAGAAAACUCCUUAGUUUCCUUCUGGCUGUUUAACAUCAAGAAAUUCAAAUGACACCUUUUCUU